GUUUUUGAUCAACUUGUGCUCUCCACACUUAAACUCCAUUAAGUCUUUCAUCAGUUUACUAGCUACUUCCUCAAUGGCUGCAUUUUAUUCUUUCAAAGCAGCCAUCACUCUGGCAAUCUCACUUGUCUUGGUAACAAGCUCCUCAGCUCAACUCUCCACUGAUUUUUACUCAAAAUCUUGCCCUAAUCUCUUCAACACGGUCAAGUCCGCCGUUCAUUCCGCCAUCCAGAAAGAGGCUCGGAUGGGCGCCUCCCUCCUUCGCCUUUUCUUCCACGACUGCUUUGUUAAUGGAUGUGAUGGAUCAAUCCUCCUGGACGACACGUCUUCGAUGAGAGGAGAGAAAGGCGCGGUUCCUAAUCGGAACUCGGCCAGAGGAUUCGACGUGGUUGACGACAUCAAGUCCGCCGUAGAGAAGGCUUGCCCUGCUGUCGUCUCCUGUGCUGAUAUCUUGGCUGUCGCUGCUCGCGACUCUGUUUCUAUUCUGGGAGGACCUAGCUGGAAGGUCAAACUUGGAAGACGCGACGCCAACACAGCUAGCCUUUCUGCUGCAAACAACGGCAUUCCUCCUCCCACCUCCAAUCUCAAUGCCUUGAUCUCUAGGUUUAACGCACUCGGUCUCUCCACUAAGGACUUGGUUGCUCUCUCUGGUUCUCACACGAUUGGACAGGCAAGAUGCACGAGCUUCAGAGCACGGAUAUACAACGAAUCCAACUUAGACACUUCAUUUGCAAGAACAAGGCAGGGCAAUUGCCCCAGAGCUAGUGGCGCAGGCGACAACAAUUUGGCGCCCUUGGAUCUCCAGACGCCCACCAACUUCGACAACAACUAUUUCAAGCACCUCGUCAACCGCCGCGGCCUCCUGCAUUCCGACCAGCAGCUUUUCAACGGCGGAUCCACGGACUCCACCGUCAAGGCGUACAGCGAGAAUCCCGGGUCCUUCGCCUCCGAUUUCGCUGCUGCGAUGGUCCGGAUGGGCGACAUCAGCCCCCUCACCGGCUCCAAUGGGGAGAUAAGGAAGAACUGCAGGAGGAAGAACUAAUUAAUUCAUUCCUCUAUUGCAAUGUGUUUCGAAUAAGAUGCCGCACACGCGUUUGUAUGGUGAUCUUAAUUUCUCGAGUCAUUUUUCGUGUUUGGGUUUUUAUUGUGUUUUGUAAUCUUUUCUUUAAAUUUAGUCCAAGUCCUCCCUCAAGUGCUUUAUAGGUGUGGUUUGUCGGAUGGGAUUCAAUGUCUAAGAAUUCUUUUUUUGUCACCAUAGUCCAUAUCCUAUUAUUAAAAUUUUAUAAAUUAUACUUAAUUAUAUUUAAAAUUUUAAAAAAUAUAUAUCCUAAAGUUAGUUUUAUGCACUCUAAUAAUGAAUUACUAUUAACUAAUGAAAGUGAAAAUUUUAAGUUAUAUAUUCUAAUUAGAUAGA